CGUGCGCACCGCCGCGUCCCCAGCCGGACAAUGGCGUCGGUCGGGGCGCGGAGGCGGAGCCGCGCGUGCGCCCUGGCGAGCCCCUCCUCCGGCCAAUCCGCGCCACCGGCACCACCGAGGGGGCGGGACGGCGCGUGCGCAGUACGGAGCGGCGCGCUGGGACGGGGCGUGGGCGCUCGCGGUCCAUCAGUCAGGUCGAGUCGCUCGGUCCUGUCAGGUCGCUCGGGGAGCGGCGGCGAUGGGCGCCGGGCGCGCCGGGGCGCCGCGGCUGCUGCUUCCGCCUCCGCCUCCCACGCCCGCCUGAGAGACAUGGACGACGAGCCUCCGCCGCCGCCCGGAGCCGCCUCCGGAGCAGGACGGAGGACGCCGGGAACCCCCAGGCCGCCCCCGCCGCCCCCGCCCCCGCCGCCCCCUCCGCCGCCUCAGAACGGUUUCUACCGGGAGCCACCUACUGAACACGACCCGCCUCCCACUACGGAUGUUGAACCGAUGAACUCCCCUUCCUCUGUGCUCCCCUUGAACGCCAGCAGCGACCGGGCAGAGCAGCGCACCUGCCUGAUUUGCGGCGACCGCGCCACCGGCCUCCACUACGGCAUCAUCUCCUGCGAGGGCUGCAAGGGCUUCUUCAAGCGCAGCAUCUGCAACAAGAGGGUCUACCGGUGCAGCCGCGACAAGAACUGCGUCAUGUCCCGCAAGCAGCGCAACCGCUGCCAGUACUGCCGCCUGCUCAAGUGCCUGCAGAUGGGCAUGAAUCGGAAAGCAAUUCGCGAAGAUGGCAUGCCCGGAGGCAGGAACAAGAGCAUCGGACCUGUCCAGAUCUCUGAGGAGGAGAUCGAGAGAAUCAUGUCCGGGCAGGAAUUCGAAGGCGAGGCCAACAUCUCGUGGAGCAACAACGGAGACAGCGACAACAGCUCCCCCGGAAACGGGGUCUCGGAGAGCAACCAGCCCUCGCCCGUCUCAACGCCGUCGUCAAGCAGAUCUGUUGAGCUGAACGGAUUUGCCGCACUCAGGGAUCCAUACCUGGGGGGCCCAGGGCCCGCCCCCUACCAAUACCUCCCGCACCUUCAGAGCUGCCCGGCGCACUCGGCCCUGCUGCCCCCGCCCCCUCGGAGCCUCGACCCCCAGGCCUCCGCUCUCCUCAUCAGCCAGCUGGUCUCGGCCGAGGACCUGGACCCCCUCGGCACCCCCAUGCUCAUCGAAGACGGGUACAAAGUGACCCAGUCGGAGCUCUUUGCGCUGCUGUGCCGCCUGGCCGACGAGCUCCUUUUCCGCCAGAUCGCCUGGGUCAAGAAGUUGCCCUUCUUUGGCGAGCUAUCCAUCAAGGACUACACCUGUCUCCUGGGCUCCACCUGGCAGGAGCUGGCCCUACUCUCCUCACUGACCGUCUAUGGCCACCAGAUUUUCGGAGACCUGGCUGACGUCACCGCCAAGUACUCCCCGUCCGACGAGGAGCUCCACAGGUUCAGCGAAGAAGGGAUGGAGGUGAUGGAACGGCUUAUCUACCUCUACCGCAAGUUUGGCCAGCUCAAGAUCGGCAAGGAGGAAUACGCCUGCAUGAAAGCCAUCAAUUUCCUCAACCAAGAUAUCCGAGGCCUGACAAACACCUCCCAGCUGGAGCAGCUGAACAAGAGGUGUUGGUAUGUCUGCCAAGAUUUCAUGGAGUUCAAGUAUCCGCACCAGCCGAACCGGUUCCCAGAUCUGAUGAUGUGUUUGCCGGAGAUCCGAUACAUUGCAGGGAAAAUGGUGAACGUCCCGUUGGAGCAGCUGCCUCUCCUCUUUAAGGCUGUUCUGCACUCCUGCAAGGCCAGCGUGAGCAAAGAGUGAGCAGCCGCUUCUUCCCCCCUCCCUCAGGAGUAAGAGGAGGAGGAGGAGGAGGAGGAGGCACAUGCAAUUGAUGGAAUGGCUGCAGCUGGGCAGUGGGUAGCCUUGCUGUUGCGGCAGGAAUCUUUGUGGGGUUGGUUGCUUGGUUUCCUCUAUUUUUCUUGUUCUUUUUACUAUUUUCCUAUGAUAUUUAUUUCACGACAAAGUUGAAUGUAUGAUCUUCAACCCCGUGCACAGCAUUCCGUCCGAAUGCAGCCAUUGAGUCCUCUCACAGUUUACAGAAUGUGAAGAUGUUUGUUAACAGUGUUUUUUAGGGUUAGACCUCUUUUUUUUUACCAGGGCUGGAGGCUGGGGCCGAUGACUUAAGACUACCUCAAGGAGAAGGUGCUGGGCUCCUCUCUUUCUGUGGGACCUGCACCCAAAGUGUUUGUUCUGUUGGGGCAGUCGGCCAUUCCUUGGAGGCCGGAAUCUGCUCUCCCCUAGAGAAGUGCCAAGUGCUGUGGCUGCCCCCCUCCCCCCCCCCUUCUCAAUUGGCUGCCCACAGAGCACCUCAGAUACACACCCCACCUGCUUGAGGUCCCUCUUGGCACUCCUGACCCAGCAGCCAUUAACCCCUCACUUUACCACAAAAACGCAAGGUUGCAAGGAUGAUGGCUGAGUCUCAGUGGGUGAGAUGGCAGCCCCUUCCUCGCGCAGUCUGAGGGGUCUGCUCUAGACUUUCCCUCGCCCUGCCCACCACCUGCGAAAGAAAGCUGGGACAAGCAGGGAGCUCUACAGCUCUGUGGCCUUUGAAGGGGAAAUGAGUUUCCGGGUUCCCUCUGGACACCCCUUCAGACUGUCAUUCUUAGCCCUUGGAAAGGGGCCCUCGCAAGACUCUCCAGGUUGUGACUGGUCUUUGCGUGGUGGGAGACUCUCUCCCCUGCUCACACUCAGUGGGCUCUCCAGUUCCCAGAGGCCCCUCCUCCUCCUCCACCCACGUCACACUCCUUCUUAGCUCCAUGCUUCACAGAUGCUCACAGCAAGAGAGGCUUCUCUGCGAGUGUCUUCUUCUAAGGCCUUCAGGCGGCGGGUGGGAGCCCCACACACUGGCUAAUGGCCGCAGUUGGCAGACACAAUCAGUGGCUGGAAAGGAAUGACCUGAAUUAGCCCAUCUCACCUGUUCAGCCCGUCUCAUAAGCACACGCAGAGGCAGUCCCAGUGUUGCUGCCGCUGCCAGCGCCCCCCAACCUUGCUUUUUGCUGCACCCCACUGCACCCUGUUUACAUUUGGAGGCUUGGCAUAUUUCUAGGGGAGAUCCUGAUACAGGUUGGCCUGGGAAGCGCAAGUGGGAAAUGCGACUGAGCAUCAGGGAAACUCACAGGCCCCUCCCCACUGCCAGCCCAGAGCUCCUUUGGACCAUUGGCAUUUGCUUUGUGGGUGGGGGGGAAUGUCACCCACAGGGCUCGCUCUCUUUGCUUAACUUCCCCACACUCAACGCUGCUGUUGCUGAUACCAGCAAGGAGAAACGGGUAAAUGGCCCUGCUGUGGCCAGCGCUCUGUGGCUUUUUGUGCGUCACAGACUGGUGUCACUGCCCUUUUGCUUUUCCCAUUGGUCCAAGUAGCAUUUGUAACCCCCCCUCCCCGCCACUUUGGAAAGCCUUCUGCUUCGACACGAUAUACCUCAAGGGGUGGGGGGGCGUGCAAGUGCUGCGUUCCCUAUCUGCCCUUCUGUCUGUCUGCCUGUAUGUUGUCUGUGUCGCAAAAUUAGAAAGUGCUGCCUGCCAGGACAUUGGUGUUAUUUUUGUGUUUUGUGUUUUGUUUUGUUUGGGGGGGGGAGCUGUCCACAAUACCUCUGAUUGACCCAUUCAUUACCUUCUGGUUUGCUCCUUUUACUUAGCAGGGAUUCUAUACAUUGCACAAGACUGCGGAGUCUAGCCCAUCACUCGACAUUUCAUAGAAACCUCACAGAUCUGUGGCCAUGGGAUUUUUCAGGACCCCUCUGCUGUCCCCACACCCCCUCCCCUCCUGCAUAUUUCAAAGGUGACUUGACUCAGGAAGGAGAGAGGCAUUGCAGCCUGUGCAGGAGGGGGGGGUGGCUGUGUGAGAGGACGCUUUGCUGGCCAUUGUGUAAGCCCCCCCCCCCCCCAUUUUGCCUCCGCAUUCACAGCAUCCCUUCGGUGACACACAAAAGCCUCUGUUUAUCUCUGGGAGCAGGGAGAGCCAGGCUGAAUCCGGGCGCAAGCCAAAGGCUAAUGCAGUGAGCCAGAAGGUAACUCAUUGGGCUGUCGUUAAUGCCUCCCGCAACCAAGCCCGCUGACGGCUUAUUUGGUUUUGAAACAGGGUAAAGUGAAUGUAAUGCUUUGCGGACUCAGGUAUUAUGUGAAGAAAAUAGGAACUGUAGCUUAGAGACGUAGGGACCGUAGGUCACUCACUUAGAUGGAUUUGUGAAUUUGGUUUGAAGGACGCUGUACAAAGGUUGGAAUUCUCUUUCUGUGCGGUCUUUUGUUCAAUGGUCAUUUUGCAAAAACAAAAGGGGGAACUGUAUAAUAACGUGCUUAAUGCUGUGCGGGAGAGGAGGGGGAGAGGAGAGCUCUGCUAUUUCUGCUUUCUCCGCUGCUGGGGCCCAGCAGCCCACCUGCCACAGGGAGAUCCCUGCUGCAGUUUCUCUGGGCUUUUUUUUUAGCAUGAUUUGAUUGGUUGAGUUUAUUUGUUUGCUGCUUUUCCACAGUGAACUGAGCCCAAAGCAGCCUACAGUAUACCAAAUAUACUGAAAUAAAGAGCAUGUCAGUAAAAAACCCCAAAAUGACAAUAGUCCCAGCAAUUUGGCAAACACAGAAUAAAUUCAAUUUUAACCCCCCCC